AUGGGUAAGACUUUUACACAAGUGCGAUGCUUACAAGCACAGAACGUGAUGAUCGAAGACUGUUACCAGUUUAUGCUUGUAACUGAUGUUGCACGUGGAUCACAUAAGAUAAUCGGCUUGGAAGGCAUUCCCGUCUAUACACAUUUUUUUCUGCACAAUCAGCACUGGUCAUUUGGCAGUUUUCUUUGCGAUCUAUGGCUGUCAAUCGACUACACCGUCUGUCUUGCUUCCAUUUAUACGGUGCUUGGUAUCACCGUAGAUAGGUACUGUUCUGUGAAGCAUCCGGCUACGUAUCGUAACUGGCGUACAUCACAACGGGUGAUGUUAAUCAUUGCCGUUAUAUGGAUUAUUCCAAGUAUAUUAUUUACACUGUCAAUAUUCGGGUAUGGAACAUUUACGGGCAAAGGCAGAAUUCUACAAGAUCACGAAUGCUAUGUGCAAUUUAUGACUAACGCUUAUUUGAAUAUGGGAAUGUACAUUUCAUAUUAUUGGUCCACCCUGUUUGUUAUGUUAUAUCUCUAUUGGGGUAUUUAUCGAGCCGCCAAGCAACUUGCAAUGAAAAGCGAUCAGAAAAACAAACGAUUAGCAUUGUUGACGGAGUUAAGAAAGCCAGAAGUUUCGGUCCGUACGAGUGAUGCAAACAAGAGCAGUUCUGAUUCACCAAAUGAUAACGACACGAGCUCUAGUAGCAAAUGUUUCAAACAACCAGCGUCAUCAGCGCAGGAGUCGUCACCAUCUCGUCCUUCUAUUGUGCGGAAUACUAUGACCAUUCACAACAAUUAUGUAAACCACUGCCCUAAUAAUUGUAAUCCAACGAGCAAUGAACCACCUGCACCAGCUUCGUCACCAGUUGAGGAAAUCCUUGGUGAUGCCAAAGUACUCGAGUCAAUCGCUUUUGAUAUAGAUCCGUCAGAUCCGAUUGCCUGCGACCCGACUCUGGCGCAAAAUGCACCUGACGAAAUGCUGGUGAACCCCUUAACUGACGAUGUUCCUGAAACGAAAUCCCCAAAUCCCUUAAAUCCCUUGAAUCAUUCCCCAAGAAGCCUGUCACCACAACGUUCACAUUCUGUACAUAGUGAACCGGUGCUUUCACAUUCAUCACAGCAUUCCCCCUCCCUACACUCUUCUCUCUCCCACAACUCUCCCUCCCAAAACUCACUUUCACAACGAUCUGGAUCCUUACGUAGCGGCUCCAUCUCCGUUCAUAGCUCCUCUGAAGCGUUGCCAAUUCAAGUGGCGACAUCGGUGUCAACGCCGUCGUCACCUCUGGCUUACGAGAUCUUGCGCACAACCAACGAUGAUAUAACGACGACCCGGACCGCAAAUCGGUCAUUUUCGCCUCCGUACGAUUCGCAGAAGAGUUAUCAUUUUUACUAUCAACAGCCGUCUGCACUGCUUGAACGAGAAAGCACUGCUCCUUGUGUCAGCCCCGAACUUUCAACCUCUGAAUACAAUGAUUUGCAUCUCUACAAUACCGAACUUGCUUUCCAAUUUAUCGAUGCCGACAGCGCCUCCUCCAUAGUAGGAAAUGAUGAUCUGCGACGUCUACAGUCGGUGAAACGACUGGCUGACUCGCCAAAAAGUCAAAAAGAAGUUCGAAUCGAGGUCAUUCCCGAAGUGAAAUCAAUGUCAGUGUCUGAACCAAGUAAAGCAUCUGAAGAGCCAGAAGAUGAACAUCAAGAAGAACAAGAAGAAGAAGAAGUGGAGAUUAUUGAACCACAAAAGCGCAAUGGGCACGGAAACCAUGCCGGGAACAAUAAGAAGCAAGAAUCAACAACUACACCACAAAUGAAGUCCCAGCAAGCUGCGCGUGCAGAUUCACCUAAAAAGCAGCUGAGAUACCAGCAACCGACGCAAAGUACAUCUACGGCAACAGCACCAGCAACGACCACAACUGGGGUCGAAUCACCUGAUGAUUCAAACCUGCCUCUUAUUGCUGUAUCUCGAGUUGAAAGUGUGAAGACCGUGGAAGGUGCCGUUGGUCGCCUGUUGACAGCCGUACGCAGUCGCUCAUUGCGAAGGAAAAAGCCGAAACAAAAGACGCAGGUGUACAAGUCACGAUCGGAGAAUCGUGCGCGAAAAGCUCUUCGUACUAUCACCUUUAUUCUUGGAGCCUUCAUCAUAUUGUGGACACCAUUCUACGUUAUGGCUACCGUUUAUGGCUUCUGCGAAAGCUGCAAGAACUCACCACUAUUCAACCUAGCGGAUUUAGUUCUUCUCCUACCGCCAAUCUAGCUCAAUCAAGCAAAUGCAUAGAGACGGAGAUUUUCACUUCAAAAAGACGACUGCUGAUUUCCAAAAUAUUUCUUUACACUUAGACCUGUGAUAUGAUGGUGCUCUCAAUUGAAUUGUAAAAUUACUAAUGUUUGAAUAACUCAUUCUAUAUUGAUUAUAUGAUUAUUUUGCAAAGCUGUUGCAUGCAUUUGUAUACAUCGAAUAUGAAGACAAUAAUGAUGGAAAAGAAAUGUGC